GGGAAUUUCGGCCGGCAUUUUUUACUACCAAAUCAAACUUAACAAGAUUCACAACUCGUAUUUGCGCUUGAAACUUUGACCACCGAACGGCCAAAGCUUCGCGCACCCCAAUCCCAUUGACUUCCCUCUCUCGUUCCCGCACAUUCGUACCCUCCCCCGCUUCUCUGUCUCUAGAUCUUAACUUCAGAACUAGAGGCAAACACCGCCGGCAGUAUGAACAGACGGUGGGCAACCCGCUGCGCUGCCACUUUUCUUCUCCUCUGCAUGACCCAAACCUCCGUGUCACCGGUGAUCGAGGACGACGUACGGUGCCUUCGCGAACUGAAACAAUCUCUCGGCGAUCCCGAUGGCCACCUAGCCUGGAAUUUCUCCAACACCACUGUCGGAUUCGUUUGCAACUUCGUGGGCGUAGGCUGCUGGAAUCCCCAAGAAAACCGCAUCCUCUCGCUCAGUUUCCCUUCUAUGUCUCUUACCGGAGGCAUCCCCUCCGCCCUCCAGUUCUGCAGCGGCGUUAAUUCCCUCGACCUCUCCGACAACUCCCUCACCGGCCCCAUCCCCCCAGACCUCUGCAAAUGGAUCCCCUAUUUGGUCAAACUCGACCUCUCCGGAAACAGCCUCACAGGCUCCAUCCCCCCUGAGCUCUCUAACUGCAGUUUCCUCAACUCUCUUGACCUCUCAUCCAACUCGCUCUCCGGCCCAAUCCCUGCCUCGCUCUCCGGCCUCGAACGACUAAGGACGCUCGAUCUAUCCAAUAACCAUCUCUCGGGCGCGAUCCCCGCAUCCUUCGGCGACUCUUUCCCCUCCUCUUCCUUUGACUCCAACGAGGGCUUAUGUGGCCAGCCCGUUUCAUCCCACUGCGGCUCCCGUUCCCACACCGGCCUUAUCAUUAUCAUCGCCGCUGGCGUCUUUGGCGCCGUUGCCUCUCUCGCCCUCGCCUACUUCGGCUGGAGAUGCUAUUUCUCAUCUGAAAAGAAGAAGUCUGGCGAUGCCAUCUCCGGCGAGGAGGGUAGGCUUUGGGCAGCGCGGCUUAGGGCAUCUCACAACCGGCUGGUGCCGGUAUCGCUGUUUCAGAAACCGAUCGUAAAGGUGAAGCUGGCCGAUCUGCUUGCGGCCACUCGAGAUUUCCACCGGGAUUACAUCAUCAUCGCAGGGAGCGAACGGGUGGGAACCGCCUUCAAAGCUGUUCUUCCCGACGGCUCCGCCCUCGCCGUGAAGCGUCUCCAUGGCUGCUCCCUUGGGGAGAAGCAGUUCAGAUCAGAGAUGGGCCGGAUCAGCCAGCUUCGCCAUCCCAACCUUGUCCCCUUGCUCGGUUUCUGCGUGGUCGAGGAUGAGCGUUUCCUAGUCUAUAAGUACAUGCCCGACGGAGCUUUAUAUUCUCGUCUUCGAGCACCCACUGGAAAUCUCAAAUGGUCGGCGAGACUUCGGAUCGGCAUAGGAGCCUCGCACGGCCUUGCGUGGCUGCAUCACGGUUUCCCGACACCAUUUCUGCACCAGACAAUUUCUUCCAGUGGCAUCCUCCUUGACGAGGAUUGGGAGGCCCGUAUUACUGACUUUGGCCUGCCGAAGCUUGUUAGCUCGUCACAAGCUGAUGCUGGUGUAGCUAGGUCUGCCGGCGCGAGUCCUUUUCUAAACGGCGAUUUUGGUGAAUUUGGCUACAUUCCGCCCGAGUACGCUAGUAACCCGAUCGCUACCGUGAAAGGAGAUGUGUAUGCAUUUGGUGUUGUGCUUCUGGAGUUAGUCACUGGGCAGAAACCUACGGAAAUCUCUGCAGACUUAGCGGGAGAGGGGUUUAAGGGGAGUUUAGUGGAUUGGAUCAAUCAGCUAGCUGCAGCUGGCCAGUUGCCUGAAUCAGUUGAUAGGAGUAUCAGUGGAGAGGAAAGUGAUGGGGAGAUUUUACAAUUUUUAAGGAUUGCAGUAACCUGUGUGGCCAACAGACCCAAGGAUAGGCCUUCCAUGUAUCGUGUUUACCAUUCUCUGAAGAGCUUAGGAGAUAAGUAUAACUCCUCGGAGCAGUUUGAGGAGUUCCCCCUUAUUUAUGGUAAGGAUGAUUCAGAUUCACUUUGAAGGUAGGCAUUAAAAACUUCAUUUGUUAGAUAGAAAUGAAAUUAUGAAUUCAACUGGACUGCAGAGUUUCGUAUGCUUUUUAAUUGAGGCUUUCAACUCAUUUGUGUUAUUAAUGCAGUUUAUUGAUGUAGCAGCAGCUUGUUGCUGCUCUUUCAUAUGAUCCCAACGUUGUAGCUGCUUUAUUAUGGGUGACUUCUGAGAUGGGGGUGUAAGUUGAACAAUGUGCCUUUCUGUUUAAUAAAGGAAUUCAAAUAGGCUUUGUUAGUUGUUUCA